GAUUAAAAAAAAAAAGGUAAUCACGGAGCAUGAUGAUAGAAGAAAAAUGAAGUUCUUGUAAUCUUGUGAAUUGUGAUGUGUUGGGAGGGGGGAAAAAAAAGAAAUCUAAUAAUGGCUGCCUCCCCAAAAUUUAGCUGCCUUGCUUGGAAAUGGUGGUGAAUGGUACAAAAUCGACAAUCCUUGUGAUUUGGCUUCUGGCUUCUGGGCUGGGCUUUUCCGUAGAGUAUGGGCUUGUGAUUCUGAGCAUAUAGUUGGAGAAUUGUGAAGGAGGUGAAGAAAUUUCUUACGAUGCGGUUGUUCCCCUUGAGCUCGAGCUCCAACUCGAGUUUGAGGUCGGAGAGGGAGCGAAAUAAUGAGAAAAAGAGUCGUGCUAUGGUUUAUCUCAAUAUAUAUGAUCUCACUCCUAUAAACAAUUAUCUUUACUUGUUUGGACUUGGAAUCUUUCAUUCCGGUAUAGAAGUGCAUGGUAUGGAGUAUGGCUUUGGAGCACAUGAGUAUCCGUCAAGUGGAGUGUUUGAGGUUGAACCUAGAAGCUGCCCUGGCUUUAUCUUUAGACGAUCAGUUGUAUUAGGCAGCACUGACCUGUCUGGCACAGAGUUUCGUUCCUUCAUUGAGCGCCUUUCUUCUGAUUAUCAUGGAGAUACUUACCAUCUGAUUGCCAAGAAUUGCAACCAUUUUACUGAUGAAGUCUGUCAACGGCUAACUGGAAAGCCUAUCCCUGCAUGGGUAAAUCGAAUGGCUCGAGUAGGUUCUUUCUGCAAUUGUCUUUUGCCAGAAAGCCUUCAGGUUGCUGCAGUUAGACAUCUUCCUGAACGCCUAACAUAUACUGAGUAUUUAUUUCUCCGAGGAUGUACUUUAUGCAUUCAUUCAUGUAAAAAUAUGACGAAGGAUCAGAAUCUGGGUUGUCUGCAUCAAUGGAAAGUGAAGAGGAGGAGCCAAACCACCAUCUGCUAACAGCAUCUAAUGGUGACGUGGCCUUUCUAAAGGAAAAACCGGUGCGGCUAGCUCGAGAGCUUCUGUGAUUUCAGUAGCUUCUGUUGUGUGAUGGUUAUGAUUAUUCUUUGUUCGGUUUGUAUCAUGUUCAUAUAUACAAUCACAGCUUACCCAGUGUGACAAGUUUCUCAAACAACUCUAUCUAUCUGGAGAAGCAAAAGGCAUAUUUAACAGUACAGCAAUGUGUGACGAUAAUGAUAAUCUGUUCAAUUCAUGUCUGGAAGGGCUUUUUGAAUUCUUAUGGAUGUCAUUAGACUCCAAGAAGAAAAAUCGUUCGGGUAUGCUAUUUAUCAUGCAA